GAUGGUAAGUGUGUGUGAGGGUCCUUUCUGAUCCUGGAGCCUGGCCUCGCCGUACAAGGUGACCCCCCUCCCCCUUGCUGUGGCUGAUUGGCGUGGGCAGAUGGAGCUGACUGCAAGGUCUGCACUCAGCCGAGUAUCAGAUACACAGACCUCAGCAUCAUCCUCAGACCUCGGCCACACACAGCCAAACCUGGGCUCCUGGAGGUAGAUCCUGCACCCACACCUACCUUCAGCUCCCUCUCCUCUGCAGAGCUGAACUGCUGGCUGGAGUACACUUACCCUAGUAUGGGAGAGCCAUGUUAUCCAGGAAGGGGUUAAUUCCUGAGGAGUAUGUACUUACCACCCGCCUGGUAGAGGAGAGUGAACCCAAGUACCAAGCCAAGAAGAGAAGGGCUAGGUUUGUAGCCAAGAAUGGGACCUGCAAUGUGGCCCACAAGAACAUCAGGGAGCAAGGACGCUUCUUGUUGGAUGUCUUCACCACUGUGGUGGAUCUUAAAUGGCACUACACCCUCCUCAUCUUCACCAUGUCCUUCCUCUGCACAUGGCUUCUGUUUGGCAUGAUGUGGUGGCUGAUUGCCUUUGCCCAUGGGGACUUGGAUGUGACUGAUGAAGGGUUUGUACCAUGUGUGACCAGCGUCCAGUCAUUUACAGCAGCCUUUUUAUUCUCCAUUGAAGUGCAGGUAACCAUUGGGUUUGGUGGGAGAAUGAUCACUGAAGAAUGUCCCAUGGCCAUCUUGGUUCUGAUUAUCCAGAACAUUGUAGGGUUGGUUAUUAAUGCCAUCAUGUUGGGUUGCAUCUUCAUGAAGACUGCACAAGCCCACCGAAGGGCAGAGACCCUGAUUUUUAGUAAACAUGCAGUGAUAGCUCUAAGGAAUGGCAAACUUUGCUUUAUGUUUAGAGUUGGGGACUUGAGGAAAAGUAUGAUCAUAAGUGCCACCAUCCACAUGCAAGUGGUGAGGAAGUCCAGCAGCCUAGAGGGAGAGGUCCUUCCUCUAACCCAAAUAGACAUUCAAAUGGAAAAUCCAGUGAACACCAAUGGCAUAUUUUUGGUUUCUCCACUUAUUAUAUGCCACACCAUCAAUAAAGAAAGCCCACUAUACGAUAUAUCAUCGCAUGAUCUCAACCACCAUGAAGAUUUGGAGAUAAUUGUUAUACUGGAAGGAGUGGUGGAAACUACAGGUAUCACAACCCAAGCAAGAACUUCUUAUCUGGCAGAUGAAAUCCUCUGGGGUGAACGAUUUGUCCCCAUAGUAGCUGAAGAAGAUGGCAGGUAUUCAGUUGACUACUCCAAAUUUGGAAACACAGUCAAAGUGCCAACACCUAACUGCACAGCUAGACAACUAGAAGAGGACCAUCGAAAUAUUGACCCGCAUUCUUUUUCGCCAAGGAAUACAAUUCGAAAAAGGAAUGUGACAAUGAAAUUAAAACCAAAAUUCACCUUGUUUGAUGAGCCUUCCUGACCUCUGAAAAUAUUCUCUAAAGUCAUGCCACUUGAUUAGUUCCAUGCCACCAGUCCUUCAGGUGGGCAAAGAGGAUAUUAUAUGCAGUACUGGUGACACCUCUGCUGACGUAGGGCUGAAACCUUUGAAAUAUU